AUGAGUAAUAUCAUUGACGUGAAAUUAGGCAGAAAAUUAAAAGACUAUCCACAAGAGGCGUUAAAACAUCGCAAUGAUAAUAAGCAUAAUGAACACGAGUUACCUUAUCAAGCCGCCUUUCAGAAAAAUCUGCAUCAGCUUUACGUAUUUCCAAGUCAUCGGCGUAUUGGUCAGCAUUCUGAAUAUACCGAAGAAUACACGAAGAUCAAAUUGGAACUAUUCUUAGAUCAAGAUAAACAAGUGAAGUGGAAACAAAUAGAACAGGAGUAA